AAUGGUGGCUGUUAAUAUCGUCCCAGUAUUAUUUAUAGAACCGAUACCGAUAUGCUAACAAAUGACUAACAUCGGCCGAUACUGAUACUGAUGCAGAUAUAUUGUCCAUCUCUACUGCCGAUGACUUCCUCCUGUUGAACAACAUGUCCCUGGAAUUUAUUUAAAAUGUACCAACCGUGAUGUUAAAUAUGAGCUUUUCCAAAUCUUGAAAUCUUUCUCUGGCUCCAAAUAGAGAAGAUAUCAUUGAGGUGAUCUUGGAUGUCAGACCAGGACUGAAUAUCUCUACAAUUUGUUUGAGCUGCCUUCACCAACAUGUUUUGAAAGAGCAGGGAAACCACAAAAUGUUUGUUCAAGGUAAGUAUGUGAGGUAGGGAUGUGCAGCUCGAUACUAAAGUAUCGAUACUCCGAUUCUGGCUAUUUAUGUUUUGAAAUCGAUUCUGUCAUUAAAGUAUCGAUAUCUGAGUGAUUUAAAGUUAUUAAUUGGCUGGUCAUUCUUCAAAAAUUACGUUUUUUUGACCAGAACUACUUCUUCUUCCGCCAACCGUGGUGCGGCACAAUAUAAAUGCCUUAACCCACCACUGGGGGGCGCACACUGGGCUCCCUGUUUAUGCUGCCUGCUGCUGGAAGCUCACGGUUUGGAAGUGCGUGGCGUGCGCAGUACUAGUCGCAUGAACGCAAACGGAGUCAUGUUUGGAGCUAUUCUAGUUCUUCUAAUAAAAACGAUGCAGCUUGUGACAUUUGUAGGAAGACUGUGAGGCAUUGUGGUAACACAACUAACCUAGUUAAACAUUUAAAAAUAAACCAUACGAAAGAAUAUGACGACUUCAUGGUGAGGAGGACAGAAGACGAGAGGAGCGAGCCAGGUGCUGCUGCUGCAGCUAGCGUGAAACAGGCAUCACUCGUGGAGUCCUUUGGUCAUCAGGCAAGAACUAUCCAGACGAUUCUCCAAGAGCAGCAACACUCACAAGAUACCUAGGAGAGAUGAUUGUGAAGGACCUCCAGCCUAUGUCCAUAGUGGAGGAUCAAGGUUUCCAACAAUUUGUGAGAGCUCUUGACCCAAAAUACAAACUUCCAGGAAGGAAGAAACUAACUGAGACUGUUCUUGUAAAUAUGUUCACAGAAUGUAAAGAAAAAGUAAGAGCAUCUUUGAAAAAUGCUUCUAGUGUUGUACUAACCUCUGAUAUGUGGACAUCAGUGUCCACAGAGGCAUAUUUGACCGUAACAUGCCAUCUCAUUGAAAAUUGGCAAAUGAGGGAAUUUGUGUUGGAAACCCAUACUUUCCAUGGAACACACACACAGCAGACAAUAUCAGCUUAGAGCUUAAGCGAAUCACAGAAGAAUGGGGCAUUACUGAGAAGGUGGUGGCAGUUGUUACAGACAACGGUGCAAAUAUGGUUGCUGCAGUACACAAGGCUGGAUGGAGGCAUCAUCCUUGUUUUGCACAUACACUGAAUCUAAUUGUAAAAGCCAGUCUAAAAGCUGUCCCUGAAGUUGUGCAGGUCCUGGAAAAAUGCAGUGCAAUUGUGUCAUAUUUUCACCACAGCAGUAAGGCCACAGAGAAGCUCAGAGAUAUUCAACAACAGUUGAAAGUGGCAGAACACAAGCUAAUUCAGUCAGUAGAAACCUGCUGGAACUCUGUCUGUUCCAUGCUGGAAAGGCUUGGUGAGCAAAAUGAAGCCGUGACCACUGCCCUCUGCCUUUUAGGGAAGAACACAUUGUGCUUGAAUCAGGGAGAAUUGUCCCUCAUCAAGCAGAUAGUUGAUGCACUACAGCCAUUUGAAGAAGUAACACGGGAAGUUUCAUCUGAAAAACAUAUUUCAGUAUCCAAGGUGAUUCCACUUGUGUCACUCAUUCGCAGAGCUGUAUCAGCUUGUGAACGUCAGAGCAACUCACUUGCCACACAGCUGGCACAGCAAUGCCAGCGCAGAUUCAGGGGUGUUGAAACCAUUCACUGUCUAGCUGCCAGCACAUUUGUGGAUGUUAGGUUUAAACAUUUUGGUUUUCGAGACAAAGACAGUGUUGAGGUUAUGAAAAUACGUCUUUGUGCUGAAAUGCAGGAAGUCUAUCAGGCAGGACAGUCAGCUGUCCCUCCAACUCCAGGUUCAGUCUCCACUGCUUGUUCUACCUCAGAAGAACCUUCUGCUUCAGUACCUUCUACCUCAGGGUAUAACCAGAGCCCUACAGCAUCAGGUUCAACUGCAACAAAACGAGGGAUAUGGACAGAUUUUGACAAGCAGGUUAUGUCUAACCAACACCAUCGCUCUGCUUCCACUGAUAUAUUAAUUGAAGCACGUUGAUACUCAGAGGAAAAAUUAAUUCCUCGAGAUAAGGAUCCACUACUUUGGUGGCAGGAGCAUGAACAAACCUUUCCAGCUCUGAGUAAACUUGCAGUAAGAUGCCUGGGAGUUGU